AUGCCCAUAGACUACAUUUCCCAGAGUGCACUCGGGCCCCUCCCCCGCAUACCUCUGCCUGUCGCUCACGCUGUGGGGUUCUGCUCCACACAAGCUCCCCGCAGCAGAGGCACAGAGGCGCACGCAGAGUUUCUUCGGAAUGGGAAAGUUUUCGACGCUCGCUCUCCUCUCUCUCAUGUUCCCGCCGAUCAUUCCCACCACCCCGCAUUGGAUUUAACACCAACCAAAGCUUCUACCUGCAUCUUUUCAGGAGUUGAGUUUGAUUUCUCUUUGGAUACGCUUCGCUUCAACAUCCAACUACUCCUCGGAGCGCCUGUCGUGUUGUGCGUCCAGAAUGCGCUCCUCCGGGCAGCCUCGCCUUGUGGUAGCCAAACUUUGCGUGUUUUUCUCUGUGUUUUGGGGUCUACAUCUGCAAUGUGA